AUGAAGUACUAGUAGGACACCAGACACGGUCGUCAGCUAAGCUCAUAAGCUGCAGAGUAUACCUUCAAUCAGUUCGCACAGAGGCGUGACAGCGGUCAUUUACCGGUGCUUCCAUUUCCGCACAUCCUGCUGACCUGACUGGAACUUGAAAACGUUACCAAAGUCCAUUCGAACAAACACUUACGAAAAAUGCACGUGCAAGUUUUGUAUCUACUUAUGAGUGUCUACGUCCUAAGUCACUGUGAGGUGGACGCCCUGCUGUGCUUCGAAUGCAACAGCCACAACGAUAGCCGUUGCGCCGAGGCUCUCCCUCCGGAUGUCUUGAAGAAAGAUUGCUCCGACCAUGUUGAGGGUUCGAAGUACACGAUGUGUCGCAAAAUUACCCAAGUCAUUGAAUUCAGCGUCAAUGGGCUGCCAGCAGAUUCACGCGUCAUCAGGGGCUGCGGCUGGGACGAAUCAAACUACAUGGGAAGGUGUUACCAGAGAAGCGGAUUUGGAGGUCGUCAAGAAGUCUGUUCCUGCGUAGGAGACUACUGCAACGGUGCUACGGAGUCGAGGAUCAGCAUCUUUCUGAUCGCCACUGUCAUUGUUGGCUUCCUAGCCUUUUGGCGCAACUAGUCCACCGUUGUUAAAUCAGAAGAAACGAUAAAGCCAGCCGCAUAAGAAGAAAGAACAGCGCUAGACGAAAAUAUAGCGCGACCAGUCCUAUGAGCCGAUCAUAUAGAUGCAAUUGUUAGAAAUUCAAAAUGCGGAGAAAUGAAUGACGUCAAAAAAACAAAUCACAUAGUGGGGUAAGAGAGGCCCAAUUAAUUCGAAACCUCUAACAACAAAAUGCCACCGUAGCUGUGCUGUCUUGAAAAUCUUUAAAUGUAAAAUCGACCAAUCGAUCCCACCGUAUUUCACUUUGUACAGAUUAAGGUCCUAAACCAUAGGUUGAAAAGAGUAUGUUGAACUCAAAACUCACUGUAUAUUUUAAUGUAUAAUUGUAAUGAAACAAUCGACAUCACGGAUUCGUACACGCAGUUGUACGUAAGAAUUAUUAUAUUUGAUAUAAAUUAAUAUAUAAUAAUAUAUAGUAUAGGUGUAAGUUUAUAAACACAUAACUAUACGUAACGCAUGCAUCUCAAGCCAUCAAAAGCAAUUCCUUGAUCGGAUGUAUAUAAUAAUACGUUCAUUAAUGUCUAAUCACAAUCGGAGGGUUACACACUGGGGUGAAUUUAUGGCAAUCAUGUAAUAUUUAUUUCCAAAGCCGAUGAGAUAUCCACCUUGAUCAAUUGUGCAAUAUGGAUAAGCUAUACGUAAGAUAUUAGUCAAACGAUUGUAUUUCGAUGCAAAAUCUACGUUACGAAUUUAGCUCGUUACGUGCUUACAGCGAUAAGUAAAUCGUCUAAGGAUUUGACUUUUUGUACGUUAAGAGCAAAUAGCUCUGAUAAAUGUGCUAUAUCACUAUA